GAACCAAGAAAAAUUGGAACUUCCAGGGACAAAGUCACAAAUAAUGGUGAACUUUAUACAGUGAGGUCCCCCGAAAUCUAAUUUCCGGCCAACCAAACGGACUCUUAGUCUCCUUCAAUUUGCAGACUCAAUUACAUCCAAGACUGCCUGGAGUAAUUCCAGCUCACCAUACCAUUGUUUUUAGCCAUCCCGCCUCACCAAACAAAGGAUGAGUAUUCCAACUUUAUACACUUGGUAUUUUUGAUAUACUACUUUUAGAAAAUUAAUAAUGGCCAUUUACAAACUUAGAAAAUAAUAAAACACAACAAAACAAAAAAAGGGAGACCUAAAAUUACAAAAUUUCACAUUUAUUUCUAGAGCUCCACACAUCAAGCAAAAAUCAUCUCCAUUAAGGCAAUGGCUCAACAGAAUCUGUGAAAAUGGCCCACUGUAAUCCGUCUAUAGGUCUUUAGAAAAUGGCUCACAAGUCACAAACCAUCAUUGACGAUCCUGUGGGAGCAAGUAAGCAGUUUAACAAAUUCAGAAAUGAAGGAGAUAAAGUUCGAAAUUACAUGCAAUUAAACCUAAAGGUGACAGUCUAGUUAGCAUAGUUAUCAAUACCGGCAGCAUGCUAGCAUAGGCAAUUGUGAAAUAUGUGAAAGGCUUAUACAGUGCAUCCACAGAUCCAGCAGAUAUUACAUAAGAGCUUCAUGUAGAAAUGUAAAACAGCUUAUAUGUUGCACCCUAAGGCUAAUAAAAGUUAACCCAGGAUUAUAACAUGAACAGAUAUGCAUCAGAAAAAUCACAAGCCCUGACACAGACAUUGUUAAAGUGUUGCCUUAUCUAGAGCAUUCUAUUCAUUCAAUCAAUAUCUUAAAUUCCU